CCAAAGGACUAAGGCAAAUAGGAAAUCCAGGCCUCUCAAAGUGAAAAGCAAGCAAACUGUCCUUCUUCUGCCCUUUCCUGAAAGCUAAAUGCCAUGGCUGUGCUGCUAAUCCCUGUGCAGCUGCUGGUGGUGACUGUCACCAUUUACUUGGAGCUGGUGAGAUCCAUCCAGGGUGGUGUCUACUAUGGGAUCAAGCAGCUGCCACCCCAGGUGCCCCAGUACCAAGCCCUCGGACAACAAGUACCUCACAUGCCGCUGGGCAAGGAAGGCAUCCCGAUGCAGCACAUGGGCAAGGAGGUGCCGCACAUGCAGUACGGGAAGGAGUAUCCCCACCUGCCUCAGUACAUGAAGGAGGUCCCACAGAUGCCUCUGCUCGGCAAGGACAUGGCUCCAAAGAAAGAAAAAGAGAUGCCAAUGCUCAGUUUGAGAGGCGAGCAAGGUCCCCCCGGUGAGCCUGGACCAAGAGGGCCACCAGGGCCACCAGGACUUCCUGGCCACGGAGUGCCAGGAGCCAAAGGAAAACCGGGGCCACAAGGAUACCCUGGAAUUGGGAAACCAGGUUUGCCUGGCAUGCCUGGGAAACCAGGAGUCAUGGGGCCUCCGGGGCAGAGGGGAGAGAUGGGACCRAAGGGAGAGGUGGGGCCCAUGGGCAUACCGGGGCCCCAAGGACCACCGGGACCUCAUGGACUUCCUGGCAUAGGAAAAGCAGGUGCUCCAGGACUGCCAGGACAACCGGGAGCCAAGGGCGAGCCUGGGAUGAAGGGGCCUCCAGGAGUCCCUGGCAUCCCAGGCCCAAAAGGAGAAAAAGGGGUUGGGAUACCAGGUCUACCUGGCUUAAAAGGGCCCCCUGGACUACCCGGCCCCCCGGGCCCGGUGGGACUGCCAGGGGUUGGAAAGCCAGGGAUGGUCGGGUUUCCAGGCCCCCAGGGACCCAUCGGUAAACCCGGCCCCCCAGGAGAGCUGGGGCUGCAGGGGCCCCCGGGGGUGCCGGGGAUCCAGGGCCCACCGGGCUUGCCGGGGGUUGGGAAGCCAGGCCAGGACGGCAUCCCUGGCCAGCCUGGCUUCCCGGGCGGCAAAGGGGAGCAAGGCUUGCCGGGACUGCCGGGGCCCCCUGGCCUGCCYGGCGUGGGCAAACCCGGCUUUCCCGGGCCCAAGGGCGAGCGCGGCAUGGGCGGCCUGCCCGGCCCCCUGGGACCCAAGGGCGAGAAAGGACACGCGGGGCCCCCGGGCAUGGGAGGCCCUCCAGGCGAGCCGGGGCAGCCGGGAUUGCCGGGAAUCAUGGGCCCCCCGGGCGCCGCCGGCUUCCCCGGCCCCAAAGGGGAAGGUGGAGCCAUAGGGCCACCAGGCCCCGUGGGCCCCAAGGGGGAGCCAGGUCUGCAGGGCUUCCCCGGCAAGCCAGGUUUCCCCGGGGAAGUGGGGCCGCCGGGCCUGCGGGGGCUGCCGGGCCCCACGGGGCCCAAGGGCGAAGCCGGUCACAAGGGCUUGCCAGGGCUGCCGGGCGUGCCGGGGCUGGUGGGGCCCAAGGGCGAGCCGGGGCUCCCCGGCGCCCAGGGCCUCCAGGGGCCCUCGGGCAUCCCGGGCAUCGCGGGGCCCAGCGGGCCCAUCGGCCCGCCGGGGCUGCCGGGAGCCAAGGGCGAGCCCGGCCUGCCCGGCCCGCCCGGCUUCCCCGGCGUGGGCAAGCCGGGCGCCGCAGGGCUCCAGGGACCACCGGGCAAGCCGGGCGCGCUCGGCCCUCCCGGGCAGCCCGGCCUGCAGGGGCCCCCCGGACCCCCUGGCCCUCCGGGGCCACCCAUGGUCAUCCCGCCCACGCCACCRGCCGUGGGACAGUACAUGCCCGAGGCGGGUCCCGGCGUGGACGGCGUGAAGCCGCCGUACGGCUACGCGGGCAAGAAGGGCAAGAAGCCCCUUGGCGGCGUUGUCUACGAGAUGCCGGCCUUCACGGCGGAGCUGCUGACGCCCUUCCCGCGGGUCGGCGUGCCCGUGAAGUUCGACAAGCUGCUCUACAACGGGCGGCAGAACUACAACCCGCAGACGGGCAUCUUCACGUGCGAGAUCCCCGGCGUCUACUACUUCGCCUACCACGUGCACUGCAAAGGGGCCAGCGUGUGGGUGGCCCUGUUCAAGAACAACGAGCCGCUCAUGUACACCUACGACGAGUACAAGAAGGGCUUCCUGGACCAGGCGUCGGGCAGCGCCGUGGUCCAGCUUGCGCCCGGCGACAAAGUUUACGUGCAGAUGCCCUCCGAGCAGGCAGCGGGACUCUACGCGGGGCAGUACGUUCACUCAUCUUUUUCAGGAUAUUUAUUGUAUCCCAUGUAAGACAAAACAAAACAAAAAGAUCAGACCAAAAGGAAAAAAAAAAAAAAA